AGGAGGAGGAGGAAAAGAACGAAAGAGGAGGGUGUUGAAAACACGUGGGUGCACCACUAAACGGAAGCUGUUUCAAUAAAGAUGUCUGCGCCCGAAGAGCACACGUUCGACGAAAAAGAGGAGCUGGAAGAGAUGGACGAGGGGGACGAAGACAUGCAAGAAGAGGAGGAGGAGGAGGAGAGGAAGGUGUACGUGCCCGGAAUCGAGCCGCUUCAACCCGGGGAGGAACUGGAAAUGGACCGCGCUGCGUACCGCAUGUACCACGAGUGUCAAACAGGUGCGCCAUGUUUGAGCUUUGACGUCCUGAGAGAUGGAGAUGGAGACGGCAGGCAGCAGUUUCCUCUGUCCAUGCUGCUGUGCGCGGGCACGCAGGCGGACACAGCCAUGGGCAACAGGCUCUUGGUGAUGCGCAUGCAUAACCUUCACGGGACAGAGAAGGAGAAAGAGGAGAACGAAUCCAGCGAUGACGAUGAGAGCGACGAGGAUGAUGAUGAAGGCAAGAAACCAAAGCUGGAGCUCGCCAUGAUGCCUCACUAUGGCGGCAUUAACAGAGUUCGAGUGACCCAGUUUGGACAGAACUCGCUGGCUGCCGUGUGGUCUGAGAAAGGACAGGUGGAGAUCUUUGACCUCCGACCUCAGCUGGAGGCCGUUCACAGCUCUGCUGCCAUGGCUGCGUUUGUCCAGCAACAGAAGGAAGCCGCAGCUCUCUUCAGUUUUUCAGGACACAUGAGUGAAGGUUUUGCGGUAGACUGGUCACCUAAAGUACCUG